AUGGCGGACAUGAACACCAAAGAGGUUGCUGAAACUAGCCAGCUUCGCCAGCGCCAUCAUGAAGGUCGCCAAAUCGACAUCGUCGGCCCGGAUGGCCAGCACCGAAAAGUCGCGGUCGCCGACCUCACCCAAGACGACUCCGAACUGGCCACCCGGUUCGGCUAUAACCCAGUCUUCCAGAGAGAAUUUGGGUACUUGUCGACCUUUUCGUUCGCAGUCAGCAUUAGUGGUCUCUUUGCCACCAUCAUGACCACCAUGUCGUACCCAUUGCUCGCCGGUGGCAGUAGUGCGGUUGUAUGGUGUUGGUUCGUCUCUGGUUUUGGGUGCAUGUGCAUUGCUUGCUCCGUUGCCGAACUGGUUUCUGCUUAUCCCACUUCUGGAGGAUUAUACUUCACUAUCUCCCGUCUCGCACCCAACGCCUGGGUUCCCUCCAUUAGCUGGUUCACUGGUUGGCUCAACCUUCUCGGCCAGGUGGCCGGUGUUGCGUCAUCCGAAUAUGGCGCCGCCCAAAUGCUUCUGGCCGCUGUGUCCAUGAGCCGUGACUUCAACUAUGAAAUUACGACGAAUACCACUGUCGGCGUGAUGGCUGCGCUAACCGUCAUCACCGGUGUCGUCAACUCUCUUUCCACCUAUUGGAUGGAGAAGAUGACUAAAUCCUAUGUCAUCUUCCACGUCUGCGUUCUGGUUGCUUGUUCGAUCGCCCUACUAGUCUUGACCAAGGAUAAGCAUAGCGCGAGCUACGUCUUCACCGAGGUCAAGUCGGAGAGUGGCUGGACACCUGUUGGCUUCAGUUGGUUGUUCGGUUUCCUGUCUGUCAGCUGGACCAUGACCGACUACGAUGCGACUGCCCACAUUACCGAGGAGAUCAACACUCCCGAGCUCAAGGCUCCCUGGGCGAUCUCUCUCGCCAUGCUGUUCACCUAUGUCGCUGGUUUCCUGUUCAACAUUGUGCUCUGCUUCUGUAUGGGCAACCCUGACGAAAUCCUCUCCUCGCCCAUGGCCCAGCCUGUCGCCCAAAUCUUCUAUAACAGCCUCGGCAAGGGCGGUGGUAUGUUCUUCACGAUUGCGGGUCUGAUCAUCAUCAAGUUCGUGACCUUCACUGCCAUGCAGGCCCUCGGCCGAACUGUUUUCGCCUUCUCUCGCGACCGCUUGUUGCCUUUCUCCAACGUGUGGACUAAGAUUGCUCCUUGGACUGGAACUCCCCUCUACGCUGUGUGGAUGUCUGUCUUCUUCUGCAUCGCCAUCAACUUGAUUGGUCUUGGCUCUUACACAGCCAUUGCUGGUGUUUUCACGGUCUGUGCUAUUGCCUUGGACUGGAGCUACUGCAUUCCAAUUCUGUGCAAGCUGUUCUUUGGCAAAUUCCAGCCUGGUCCCUGGCACAUGGGUCCUUUCAGCACCGUUGUCAACAUCUGGGCGUGUCUGUGGACUCUGUUCGUCAGCAUCAUUUUUGUUCUCCCCACUGCGAUGCCGGUCACCGCGGAAGGCAUGAACUAUGCCUGUGUCUACCUCGUGGCUGUCCUACUUUUCGCCAUGGUUUACUGGUACAUUCGUGGCCGUGCAGUUUACACUGGCCCCGUCACCGAAGCCAUUGCGGACGAUAUCUCCGAGAGCGAGAUCGUGGAGUCUGAAAAGUCUGCCAAAGGUCUUGCUGCGUAA